AUGGUCUUGGACAAGGGCAUGAGCGGUGGCAAAAGGAAGAAUGGCAGCUGCGAGGAAAAAGAGGGUAUGAGGAAGAGUGCAUGUGGUCGUGGUCAUGGUCGGGUCAAAGGGGAAAGUUCAGAACCGGAGGAGGAAGAAGAAAGUUCAGAACCGGAGGAGGAAGAAGAGGAGGAGGAGGAGGAGGUGGAGGAGACGGGACCUGAUGUUCUCCGCUGCCCUAUCUGCUUCAACCCCCUGACUCCGCGCAUUUAUCAGUGCAGAAACGGACAUAUUGUUUGCUCCCAUUGCUGUCCUAAACUCAAAAAUAGAUGCCAUGUGUGUUCCCAACCUCUCGGUCGCCGGCGGUGUAUCGCGCUAGAGAAAGUCAUCGAAUCCAUUAAGAGCCCAUGCAAACAUGCCAAUUUCGGAUGCAGAGCUAUUCUAUCCUUUGCUGAGAAAGUUGCACAUGAAAAAUAUUGUCGUUAUCCCUCUCUCUUCUGCCCAAUCAGCAAUUGUAGGUUCUUCGGCUCAAGGAGUCUUCUCUUCGCACAUGCCAAACAAAAUCACCUUGGCAUUUCAAUGAAUUUCUUGUAUAAUCGAUUUUUCAUGAUUGCUUUGAAGAAUAAACAACCUUUUAUGAUUCUUCUUGGGGAGGAUGGCUAUAUCUAUCUCCUCCUGAACACUCGUGAGAACUGCCGUGGGAAUAUGCUAUCUGUGAUCUGCAUGGGUCCGAGCAUUCCUGAGGACGAGGAGUUCUUAUACGAGCUUAAAGCGGAUGCCGGGGGAAGUUCGCUUCAGCUUAGGACCUCGGUGCAAAAGAUGAUUCAGUGGAAUGGAGUUCAUACUUUGAAAGCCUUCCUGGUUGUUCCAGACGGCUUCUUUGCUUCUAGUCGAUUGUCUAUAAAUGUUCGCAUCUAUAAAUAGUAUUUUGUUGUAAGGAAAAAAAAGAAA